AGCAUUCUUGACCGGGUUCGUGGUUUCCUUCUGCUCUCCCUGCCUCUCUGCCUCCUGUCUCGUCCCACUUCCCCCCGCCUGCGCCUCUUCGCCUUACUCUCGUCCGCCAUCCAGCCACCAUUGUCGCUCGUUCUCGUUGUUCAUCGGUCAUCAACGGCUCGCUCGUUGUCUGCUUACCCCGUCGUCGGCUUGUUUCGGCAUGGCUCCUCGCGCUGCUGCUGUUGUGUUUGGUUAGGGGAUGCUGCAUCUGCUUGUGCGUGUUCCUCUUCAUUCUUUCCGAGGUCUUCCUCUGUGACGUUUGGCUGCUUGGUCGCCUGGUUUUCACGCCCCCGGUUCGCCAGAUUUGUGCUGUGGGUCAGCUCACAUGACGCCUCUCGCUCCGUCUUCCGGCUUGGCAAGCACUAUGUUGUGUAUUUUCUCGUGCUCUUAGUCCCUUUGCUCGUGGUAUGGCUCUGCGUCGGGCUGUGUCCUCACGUUCUGCUGCUCCUUUGGGGAGGCCUCCUGCUUCGGGGCGUGUGGUUGCCCCGCGCAGGGCUACUCGUGCUGCUGCUGCAUUGCCUGCUGUCCCGGCCAGCUCUGCCAUUCCCCUUGUUCGGAAGAGGAAGCGAGAUGGCUUCUUUCCUUUCCUAUCUUCUAUUGAGAGUGCACGGAAUCGUAAGAGGUGCAAGUUCUUGUUGAAAAUACUACGCGCUCAUAACAAGGGUGAGCAUACCCUUGCGUCGCCUCUGCAUCCUGAUUGGGUUGGGUUUUCUCCUGACGAAGUGGGAAUACUUAAAGCUUUUUAUCCAAAAAGGUCGUACUAUGGAGGUCCAGACUACCGAUGCAACCGCUGCCAGGCUAGCUUUUGGUGGCGCGAGAGGGUUAAGUCACAGUCUGCUAUCACCAAAAGACGAGUGGCCUACAACAACUGUUGUAAGGCUGGGAAGAUGUCGGGCCAGAGGAUGAGCCUUCUCUCCCAGAUCAAUGACAGAGAGAUGUUCUGGAAUGCUAAGGUUCUGGUGUCCCGCAUGUGGCACUACCGAGGUGGGACCGAUGAAGGUGCCAUUAUGCAUACUGACAUUGUGGUGCUUGACAAAGAGGGAACCCACAUGUAUGGCCGGAUCCCUACUGAGCCAGCUAUCAGCCUGCAAGAUGUCUUGCAGGAAGGCAGUGUUUAUAUAAUGAAGAGAUUCAUGUGCAAACCAUCAAAGCCCACUUACAGGGUUGUUGACAGCCCAUUUAUGAUGCAGUUCACUCGCUUUACUACUGUUGAUCCUGUGGUGGAUGAUGAAGAAGAUUUCCCAUACUGCACUUACAGCCUUAUGUCCUUCUCGGAUAUCCCAAUACCAGGCCCGCACACUCCUCACUUUAUCGAUGUGAUUGGCCGGAUUAUUGCUGUCACAGACAUUAUUGUUGUACACUCACAACAUCAAGCUGGUCCUUCAGAUACCAGGACUGUGGUUCUCCAGGAUCAAAUUGCAUCAUCUUCCUCUGGAGCAUCGUCUUCUGCUAAGGGCUCAGACAUGACAGUGCCCAUUCCCACCUCUUUCUCUACAGGAUCGUCUACACUCGUUGUGCUACCUCUCGAUGAGAUGAACACUCCUAUAUCUGCAUUCAAAGGUAAAGGACAGGCUAUUGUGCCUAAAACACCCAGCCGGUCCCCAUGCCCAAAAAGUGCUCGCCGCAAGCUUCUUAUUGGCCCCCCUAAGUCUAAGGGCACUGAACUACCUGCCUCUGUUAGCAACGUUACUGUCCAGGCUGGAAAGGUUGUCGCAGUUACCCAAACUGAAGAGGUUGCCGCCACUGGAAAUGUUGUUCAGCCUACACCCAUGCCAACCGUUCGACAUGAGACUGAAACCACAACUGCUGAGGAUCCAAAGAUCAUCAUUCCUGACCCCUCUAAGGCCAAGAGGACAAACAACCCUAGCAAGGGUGCUGGCAUCCCAAAGAAACUAAAGCAGUAGUUCUUUCAUGGAGUGGUCGUUCCAUGUAGUAAUCUAAAUAUGUACAUACGGGUUUCUUCUAUGUUCUGCUUGCUUAUCAAGUAAAGUCUACGAUGGACGGAUGUCGUGCUGAACAGGCCUUCUCAACUGUACUGCAUCACAGCAGCGGUUUGGCCAUCGGGCCGGGUUUGAAGAUCGUCGACUCAGUGCGCUUUUGGGCAUGCACUGGAUUUACUUUUGUGCGGCUUUAUAAGAUAGGGCUUUGACGCCUGCAGAAUUGUGUUAAACCGCUGUCAUGACAACUCCUUUAUUUACGUCCUCGAACAAAGCAUCAUGUGUUGUAAAUAUCGCCGUUAGCUCUUCCUGUCUGAACUCCUUGUGACAACUAUCCACUGUAAAUACCGCUGGAUCAUGCUGCUUGCUCUAAGUCCUCUUGUUGUUCU